AUGCCGAAGACAUCAGUGUGGAAAAGCCGUGUCGGAACCCAAAUUUUGAUGGGAAAAAUCACGGAUAUUACUCAAAUUGGGAUCGAUAGAAUUCCUUGCGCACAGGUACGAUGCCAGAUGAAUGAGUUCAAUAUCUAUCUCAAAAAGUACUUCGCCAGGUCAUUCGACUUUUGGGCUCUUGACAAAACAUCAGUUGGAAACAUCGGAGAUACAGUGCUGAUCAAACAAAUUGAAGGUUCGACUCGGCCAAAAGCCAACGUCUCACAUGUUGUCGAUCGAGUAGUGUUCAAAUUCGGAAACGUUGUUGAUCCAGUCACCGGGCGCAAGAUUUUCAACGAUACGUUUGCCGAUGAGAUCGACCUGAAGAAGGUUUUGGUGGAAGAAGUUGUUGACAAGCCAUUAGAAGAAGAAUCAAUGUUGUUCGAAGAGCGACGAGCUCUACAAAUCAGAAGACUUGAAAAGGAGAAGGAGUCAAAUGUGUAA